UUGGAGUGGUUUGGCUCUUGUCACGGAGCCAUGAAAAUCGUUUCGUUGGUACCAGCGUUUCAGGCAAAAGGCUGGCGGUAUCCAAUGUUGGCUCGCUGGAGCUCGGUUGGCUAUGGCGGUCAUACAUAGAGAUUCAUUCUUACACACAAAAGAAGGAUUUUUUAAUUUUUUUUCUCUUAGCUAAGUUUAAGCAGCGGGUGUGAGUGAUUCCAGUGUUCCCCCAAAUUUGGGGAGGGAAACAAGGGCCGCUGAUUCCACCACCACUGAUUAAACUCGGGGCCUUGAAAAUUCCUUGCGUUUCUCUCCAAUCAGUUCUAAAGCUCGCGAGCUACUAAGUAAGAACUCGAGGUCUUCCAAGUAAGCUCUCUCAGAUCUUUUCUCUAGUUUCUUUUUGGUCGCUCCUUUCACACAUGUGAGAAUUCAUGCCUUUCAUUGAUUCCUCCAUUCAUAGAUUCUAAUUUCUGCGCUAGCUUUCUUUCUCCACUAGCGAGGCCGAGCUAGUGCUAGCCUCGUAGCUAGCGUUUUCUUUCUCCGCGCGCUUUCUUCCGCUCUUUCGAGAUCCUUUCAUCGAUCCAUCCCUUCUUGCCGAGCUCCCGCGUUUCGCUACGCAUCCACAUUUCGUCCAGAUCGCGAGCACCAUCCGGAUCGCGAGCGCCACGCAGUGAAGAACAAGGAAGGAGAGCUCCAAUCCAAUGGCGAUGGCGUCGCCGCUAGCGCUGGUGGCGAUGCUAGUCCGCUACUCCCUGCUGAUCAUGGCGAUCCUGGCGAUGGUGGCGAUGGGGGAGGAGGACGACUCCCUCUUCACCGUGGCCAAGCAGUUCAAGCGCUCCGUCCAGAACGUGGCGGCGGGCGAGCCAAGCUCCGGGCUAUGGACGUCGCGCGCGCGGCAGCGUCCCCUCCCCACCAACAAGUUCUGGCAGAACUUCGUGCUCAACAGGGGAUCCUCGCCGGAGUACAUCCACCCCUACACCAUCCAGGCGGGCAACUCCUCCAUCGCCAUCGGCUACCCCAAGCGCCAGGCCUCGCCCACCUUGAUCGCCCAGAUCCACGCCAACGAUCUCUUUGUCUCCGCGCGAUCGCCAUCAUCGCCCAUCAUCCAGGUCUCCCACCACGACGACCUCACCGUGACGCUCUCCCUCGGCCAGGCAAUGCGCGCGCACCUCCUCCGCGGCAGCCCCUACGUCUCCUUCGUCUUCUCGGACGCCACGCCGCUCAUCGCCAGCGCGCACGCCAUCGCCAAUCUCUCCCGGAGCGCCGACUCCACCAAGCACACGCUCUUCCUCGCCAAUGGCCAGAGGUGGGUCGUCUACUCCUCCGCGCCGAUCCAUCUCCAGCUCGAUCGGUCCGCGCAGCAGCUCUCGGCCAGCGGCGAUGGCUACUCGGGCGUUCUUCGCAUCGCGCUCGUCGCCACCCCCAGCGCCGAGCCACUGCUCGAUCGCUACAGCGGCUGCUACGCGGUGGCGUCCUGGGUCUCGAUCGACACCGUCUCCUCCGCGCCGCGCGCCUCCAUGGCCUUCACCUACAAGACCCAGGGCCGUGGCGACCUCCUCCUCCUCGCGCUCCCCCUCCACCGCGCCGCCAUGGACUACGCCACCGCCGGCGCGCGCCCGCUCCCCCAGCUCCGCUACGCCAGCAUCGACGGCGAGCUCCAGGGCGUGGUGGGCAGCCUCUGGAAGCUCGACUCCAGCGCGCCCAUGGCCGCCAUAGCCUGGCACUCGGUGGCGGGGAUCCGCGAGCCCACUGCAGCUGGGCGGCUGGGCGCGGCCCUCGCCCGCGACGUGGCGGCGCUCCGCCCGAUCAACACCUCCUCGACGUACUUCUUCGGCAAGGCGGUGGCGCGCGCCGCGCGGCUGGCGCUCAUCGCCGAGGAGAUCGGUGCGCCCGACCAGGCGGCGGCGGUGGCGGCGUUCCUGGAUUCCAACCUCAGCCCCUGGUUCGAUGGAUCCAACGCGGGGAACGCGAUCGUCUACGAUGGGCAGUGGGGUGGAUUGGUGAGCCAGGCCGGGGCUUUCGACUCGGGCGCGGACUUUGGCCUGGGAGUGUACAACGAUCACCACUACCACUGGGGCUACUUCGUCUACGCGGGCGCCGUGCUCGCCAAGCUCGAUCGCGGCUGGGGCGAGCGCUACCGCACGAAUCUCUACUCGCUGGUGGGCGACUACAUGUCCCCGGCGCCGCCGCGCUCCGGAUCAUCGCGCGCGAAUUUCCCGCGCUUCCGCCACUUCGAUCCGUGGGUGAUGCACUCCUGGGCGGGCGGGCUGACCGAGUUCGCGGAUGGGCGCAACCAGGAGAGCAGCAGCGAGGCCGUGAAUGCCUACUACGCGGCGGCGCUGCUGGGGCGAGCCUACGGCGACGAGGAUCUCGCCAACACCGGCAGCGCCAUCGCUGGAUUCGAGGCGCUGGGCGCGAAAUCGCUGUGGCACAUCCGCCGCGACAGCGAUCUCUACGAGCCGGAGUUUGUUCGCGAGAAUCGGAUGAGCGGCGUGGUGUGGGCGAACAAGCGGGACACCGCGCUGUGGUUCGCGGCCACGUCGGUGCUCGAGUGCCGCGUCGGCAUCCAGGUCAUACCGGUGACGCCCGCCACGGAGGCGCUGUACGACGACGUGGACUACAACCGGCAGCUGUAUGAGUGGGCGUCGCCGGCGGUGCAGAGCGACACGUGGCGGGGGUUCGCGCUGGCGGUGCAGGCCACGUAUGAUCCGGCACGCGCGCGUGCCAACGUGGAGCUCCUGGAGAGGUUUGACGAUGGGAAUUCCUUGUCCAAUAUGUUGUGGUGGGUUUACACGAGGCCCAGCAUCACGUAGGAGCUUUUUUCAUCGUUUUUACUUUCUACUAUCUAUUACACCUGUUGUAAAAAGAGCUGCGCGCCAAUCUUUGAAUUCGAAUCAAGCGGGAUAUACUCCGGCAUCUUGGGGA